GUCAUGUCAGUAGACUACGGUUGCGUUUCACUUCAACCUUACGUGACGUCAGUUGCGUUGUCCGAUGAUGUCGGUAUGCUUGUAGCCGGAUGUAUAAAGGAUAUGGUGACGGCUGGAGUGGACAAAAGUAAAAUACAUUUGAUGGGACUCUCUUUGGGUGCCCAAAUUUGUGGGAAGGCUGGUCGUUUACUAGAUUUCCAACUAUCAUGGAUAUUGGGUCUCGAUCCGGCCGGACCUCUGUUUGAAAAUGAUAUUACGGGGACGCUGAAUGCCACUGACGCACAACAAGUCUCUUGUAUACAUACUGACGCUGGAUUUCUUGGAACAAAGUAUCCGUGCGGUGGCGUUGAAUUUUAUCCGAACGGCGGAACGAGAAGCCAACCUGGUUGCUCUCUAACUGAGAUGAUCGCUUAUGCCAACCCACAGAUAGGGUGUAGUCACAUCAGAGCUGAGUUCUUACAAACAGAAGCUGUGGGGAACCAAAAUGGUUUCUUGGCUGUGAAGUGUGAUAGUUAUGACUACUUUAAGGUCGAUGCGUGUAACAGAUCGGACAUAAUUCCAAUGGGUGAACGUCCUCCGGCUUUAGCUUCAGGUAAAUAUUACCUUCAAACAAACGGUCAAAGGCCUUAUGCCAGGGGAAUCGACGGAACGAGAUACAACGCAACCAUCGAUAGUAGCACAGUCAUAUAACAUUUGCUUCUAUGAUUCAACCAACAUAGUUUAAUUUAUACUUCUCAACAUAAUGAUUUACUUUUAAUCUUCUGCCUUGUGGGAAUAAACUGGGAAUAAAGUCUAAUUAUUGUCUGUACAGAAAAUUAAGUGUUCUCGUUUUCUUUCCUCGACGAUCGAGAUUUUCAUUUGAACUGACAAAGUAAUCUGAAUAGAAACAAUAUCUGGGCCAACAGAUACAAUAGAUACAAUAAUUUGUA